UUCGGGGCGGGCCACAUUCUCCACCCACAUUCCGGUGGUUACAUCACACACACUCACACACACAAAACUGUGUUGUGUGAAUCACUGCUCAUCAUCAAGGAAGUCGCAAGCAUGGAGUCAACUGAGGGUUUCGUGAAGUAUCACCUGGGCUUACCCCACAUGCACCACUUGAUCGCGGUGCUCUGUGUUGUUGCCGUUGUUUAUAAGUUGACAGUCUUGCUCGCCCAAAGAAGAGCUGCGAUGCAAAGUAUGGAAUUGUUUCCAGGACCACCGUCGCACUGGCUUUUUGGACAUCUAAAGGAGUUUAAACAGGAUGGGUCGGACUUGAAAAAGAUUGUGAAAUGGGGACAGCAGUACCCUUAUGCUUUCCCGAUGUGGUUUGGACCCUUUGUUUGUUUCCUCAGCAUUCACCAUCCAGACUAUGUGAAAACUAUAUUGACAUCUACAGAGCCAAAAGAUAAUGUGGCAUAUACUUUUAUUAAGCCUUGGAUUGGUGAUGGCUUAUUGGUGUCUGAUGGUCAGAAGUGGUUUCGCAACAGAAGGCUCUUGACCCCAGGUUUCCAUUUUGAAGUUUUGAAACCCUACGUAAAUCUGAUGUCAGACUCUGUUAAAACCAUGCUGGACAAAUGGGAGAGUUAUGCAAAAACCAAUGAGUCCUUUGAAUUGUUUAACCACGUGAGCCUUAUGACACUGGACAGCAUCAUGAAGUGUGCGUUCAGCUACAACAGCAACUGUCAGACCGAGAGCGGAACAAAUGAAUACAUCAAGGCAGUGUAUGAGCUCAGUAAUUUGAUUAACCUGCGGUUCAGGAUGUUUCCAUACCACAAUGACCUCAUUUUCUACCUCAGCCCACAUGGCUUCAGACUAAGAAAAGCAUGCAAGGUGGCUCACAGUCACACAGGGGAAGUCAUACGAAAGAGGAAAGAAGCACUCAAGGAGGAGAACGAGCUGGAUCGCGUACAGGGAAAGAGAAACGUGGACUUUCUGGACAUCCUUCUCUUAGCGAGAGAUGAGAACAAACAGGGUCUGUCAGAUGAAGAUAUACAAGCAGAGGUGGACACCUUCAUGUUUGAAGGCCAUGACACUACAGCCAGUGCCAUGUCCUUCAUCCUCUACUCUCUGGCCUGCCACCCAGAGUACCAGAAGAUGUGCCGGGAUGAGGUCCUUCAAGCCCUGGAUGGCAAGGACACCAUGGAGUGGGAGGAUCUCAGUAAAAUUCCAUACACUACAAUGUUCAUAAAAGAGUCCCUCCGCCUUUACCCUCCGGUACCAAGAAUGUCCAGAAUCACCACCAAGACCAUUACCUUUGAUGGAAGGACUUUGCCUGCAGGGAGUCAUAUUGGAACAAGUGUGUAUUCGCUUCACAGGAAUGCAACUGUCUGGGAAAACCCUGAAGUCUUUGACCCACUGCGUUUUCUCCCGGAGAAUGUUUCCAAGAGGCCUCCUCACGCAUUCGUACCCUUCUCUGCUGGGCCAAGAAACUGCAUUGGUCAGAACUUUGCUAUGAACGAGCUGAAAGUGUCAACAGCGCUGACACUGCAGAGAUACCAUCUGAUCGAGGACCCGACGCAAACACCACAGAUAAUUCCUCGACUGGUGCUUGGUUCACUUAAUGGCCUCCACAUCAAAAUAAAACCUGUAGACCCAUGAGUGAAAAUGGAAAUAACUGUUGAAAAAACCUGGGAAAUAAAUGACUCAUAAGGGAACUUC